UGCUCACAUAAUGAAGAUACUAACUAUAUGCAGAAGAAACAGAUUGCGAUCUAUUUUGUGCAAGCAUCAAUCUGUUUUUAGGGGAAAACCAGGGAAAUCUGUCAACACCUGGAGUUCGCUGGCCACGGCUUUUAACUACCCUGGGCCUAGGAAAGAUGAACAUCUACAUCCCACUGGUCUAUUUGGUGUCCCGGAACUAAAUACCAAGUCUGGGUUCCAGCAAAUGAAGAAUACAGCACUAAGUGCUGGGUCAGACUUGGUUAAGAAAGUUUUAAGUAAAACUGGGCUAGAGCUGGUGGAAGUGUUUGAUGAGUUGUCUGACACCCUCUGUAGAGUGGCUGACUUGGCAGAGUUUGUGAGGGUGUCACACCCUGAUCUAGAGUUCCGGGAGGCAGCCGAGGAGACUUCGCUCAGUGUUAGCAAUUUCGUUGAGACUCUUAACACUAAUCACAAACUUUAUAGCGUUUUGAAAAAUGCUUUCUAUAAUGAAGGAGAUGCAAUGUCUGAGGAGACGCGCAAAGUUGCAGAACUUUUUUUGUUUGAUUUUGAGCUUAGUGGGAUUCAUCUAGAGGAGCAGAAGCGCCAGCAGUUUGUGGAGCUCCAAGAUGCAAUACUCAUUCUUGGGUCGCAGUUUUCACAGGGAGCCGGCCUGCCUGUGCUAUUACCAAAGGGCGACUGUCCUGACAGAAUCAAGAAUUCAUUCCCAGUUAGUGGAGACAAUGUAGCUAUUGAUACAAUGUAUCUUGAAUCAAGCAAUGAGGAGCUAAGAGAGUUGGCUUUUCGAUCACAUUUGCAUCCAAUACCAGAACAGUUACACUGCUUAGAUCUGUUGCUUUCUUCACGUAACGAACUGGCACAACUUGUAGACUUCCCAACCUUUGCCCAUCGUGCACUUAAAGGUACCAUGGUGAAAACACCAAAGAACGUGAUGAACUUCUUGGUACAAGCAUCUCAAAAGCUUAAGAAGCCUGCAGAAAAAGAACUUAGAAUUCUUGAGAGCAUAAAAAAGAUGGAAUCUGGUAAAAAGCAAAUCAAAAUAAUGCCAUGGGAUUUCCAGUAUUAUACUGGGCUCGCCAAAACUCAAGCCUUGAAGCUGAACUCUUUAUCUUUAUCAGCUUACUUUCCACUUGGCUCUUGUAUGGAGGGUCUGAAUUUCAUCUUUCAGAAUAUUUAUGGUAUCACUUUAGAGCCAGAGGAUGCAUCUCCUGGAGAGCUGUGGUCCACUGAUGUACAGAAGCUUGGUAUUGUGCACGAGCAAGAAGGCCUAUUAGGCUAUAUCUAUUGUGACUUUUUUGCAAGGCCGGAAAAACUUCAGCAAGACUCCCAUUUCACCAUAAAAGGUGGCAGAAUACUCAAAGAUGGCACUUACCAGCUUCCAAUUGUGGCCAUCAUCUGCAACUUUCCUCCACCAUCACCAUCAGGCCCCUCCCUCCUAACGCAUGGCAUGGUGGAGAAUCUAUUUCAUGAGAUGGGUCAUGCCAUGCACUCUAUGCUUGCGCGGACCAGAUACCAGCAUGUUACAGGGACCAGGUGCUCCACAGAUUUUGCUGAGGUUCCCUCUGUUCUGAUGGAGUACUUUGCCUGGGAUUCAAGGGUGCUCAAUAAGUUUGCCAGGCAUUUUAGGACUGGGCAGCCUCUACCAGAGGAGAUGGUCAAUAAACUAUGCCAGUCAAGAAACAUGUUUGGUGCCCUGGAGAUGCAGAGACAGAUCUUGUAUUCCAUAGCAGAUCAAAUCUACCAUGGCAAACAUCCACUCCAGAAGAACACCACAGAUAUCAUGUCGGACAUCCAAAAGGAGCACACAGUCAUCCCAUUUGUUUCAGGUGUUGCCUGGCAGCAGAGGUUCAGUCACCUUAAUGGAUAUGGAGCCCGGUAUUAUUCCUACCUAUGGUCUAGGGCAGUAGCCUCCAUGGUGUGGCAUCAAUGUUUUCAUGCUAAUCCCUUUUCCCGAGAGGUUGGGGAUCGCUACAGAAGCCAGAUGUUGGCACAUGGAGGAGGAAAGGAUCCUAACGCACUUGUUGCUGGGAUGUUGGGCAAGGAGCUUACUACAGAGGACAUGGUGCAAGCACUGUGGGACGACUUGGCUGAUUGCAACCCUUUCUACUUGUAGCUGAAGUUAUAAAAACAGUGAAAACAUUCCUUAAUUUGUUUAAAAAGCGAUUUAAACCAACCACAAUGUUUUCAGACACUAAAGUAAGCUUGGUAUAAAAAUUAACAGAGAUGAUGAUAUUUAGUAAAUAUCUCUAAGUUUAUCCUUUUGUUGAAUUUGUCCCAAGUAGCAUGGCAACAUAUUCAGAGAAAUUGAUAAAAUGACUGCAGCCCUGAUGAAUAUGUUUUCUGUUUGAGAAAAACUGCCCUGAUCUUUCCUGUCCUUCACUAUGACAUCAAUAUGCAGGCAUGUGUCCAGAGGGGAAGUCCCUGGGGUCCUGACCCCACCCUCCUCUAAUAACAAGAUAAGUUUGACACUGGUUGGCCCCUUUCUUGGUAGUUAACAAGUUGUUUAAUUUUAUGUCUGUAUUUUGAUAGAUAAAGUUUCUAGAUGGAUCUAGUGAUAUGUUACCAGAGCUAAGGAUGCCUAUUUGAACUUAAUUGAUCUGUGAAUCAUUACACUGGACCUUGUGUUUCUCCCUAGAUGCAUCAGUUAUGAUCAGGUAUAUAAGAUUUUUAAUGUGCCUUGACACCUCCUACCUAUCAAUACAAGGGUGCCUGUAAAAAAAAACAUGUUCUUUUUAGCAUUACUGUAUAAUAAAAUUUUGGAAGUUAUUUUGAAUAAAAAAGAAAGUACUACUA